CGCCCGCCUGCAGGCCUCUCCCCGCUGCCACUCGGGCGGAGCGGUCGGGCCCCGCGGCGCUGCUGGAGCCGGGGCCGUGCGGUGCAGGCGGGACCGGGCCGCUCUGCUGGAGCCAGCGCAACCGGCUGCAGCUGCUGGCGGCGGCGGCGGAGCGGCAGCGGCAGCGGCGGCGCGGCGGCAGCAUGACCCUCAAGUCGGGGCGCAGCGCCAGCGCCGGCAGCAUGCGGACGGCGCUCUCCGACCUCUACCUGGAGCACCUACUGCAGAACCGGGCCAAGCCCGAGGCUGUCCCUCAGGCCCAGAAUGCCAUGACCGAGGACAUUUACACCAACGGCUCGGCGGCCCCGGGCAGCCCGUCCCACAGCAGCGGCCGUGAGCUGCGGAAGGUUCGCCUCAUCCAGUUUGAGAAGGUCACAGAGGAGCCCAUGGGAAUCACGCUGAAGCUCAACGACAAGCAGAGCUGCAUGGUAGCCAGGAUCUUCCACGGGGGCAUGAUUCACAGACAAGGCUCCCUUCACGUGGGUGAUGAAAUCAUAGAGAUCAAUGGGCAGAGUGUCAGCAACCACUCAGUUGACCAGCUGCAGAAGAUGCUGAAAGAAACCAAGGGGAUGGUCUCAAUAAAAGUCAUUCCCAACCAGCAAAGUCGCCUCCCUGCUCUCCAGAUGUUCAUGAGAGCACAGUUUGACUACGACCCCAAAAGAGACAGCCUGAUCCCCUGCAAGGAGGCGGGGCUGAAGUUCCAGAUCGGAGACGUCAUCCAGAUCAUCAACAAGGACGACAGCAACUGGUGGCAGGGCAGGGUGGAGGGCUCCUGCUCCGAGUCAGCAGGACUCAUUCCUUCCCCAGAGCUGCAGGAGUGGCGCGUGGCGAGCGUCUCGCAGCCCAGCCGGAGCGAAUCGCCCAGCUGCAGCCCCUUCGGCAAGAAGAAGAAGUGCAAAGACAAAUACCUGGCCAAGCACAGCUCGAUUUUUGACCAGCUGGAUGUGGUUUCAUAUGAAGAGGUGGUGAGGCUGCCUGCCUUCAAGAGGAAGACUCUGGUGCUCAUUGGGGCCAGCGGCGUGGGUCGGAGCCACAUCAAGAACGCUCUGCUCAGCAGCAACCCAGAGAAGUUCAUGUACCCACCUCCAUACACCACACGCCCCCAGAAGAAGAACGAGGUGGAUGGGAAGGAUUACUUCUUCGUGUCCACCGAGGAGAUGACUCGGGACAUCCUGGCCAACGAGUUCCUGGAGUUUGGCAGCUACCAGGGAAACAUGUUUGGAACCAAGUUUGAAACAGUUCACAAGAUCCACCAGCAGGACAAAGUUGCUAUUUUGGACGUUGAGCCCCAGACCCUGAAGAUCAUCCGCACAGCUGAGCUCUCCCCAUUCAUAGUCUUCAUUGCCCCAACAGACAAGGCAGAGCAGUCAGAGGCUCUGCAGCAGCUGCAGAAGGAGUCGGAGAGCAUCCGGAGCCGCUACGCACACUACUUUGACCUCUCACUGGUCAACAAUGGGGUAGAGGAAAGCCUCCAGCUGCUGCAGGAAGCCUUUGAGCAAGCCUGCAGCUCUCCACAGUGGGUGCCCAUCUCCUGGGUCUACUGAAAGGGCAUCUGACCCCGGCUGCUUCCCAUCAACCAUCCUGCAGCCACGGGGAGAAACCUUCUCUUUAGCUUCCCCUGAUCCACACGCAGCCCAGCACAGCUCCCUUCCUCUGCUGCUCCAUGGACAUGGUCUUGGUCGACACACACACACAGACAGGGUCUUUGGAUCUCCUCUCCCAGGGGAACAGAGGACAGGGAUUGCCCAGGGGAUGUCCACUUCCCAUGGCAUGGUGUAAUGCAGUGGUAAUUUAGGGGCUACAGCAGAGCCCAGGGCACCCCCUUAGCUCAGAGCACAGCUGCCCACCUCACCGGGCAAGGAAAAGCACAGACCUGCUGUAGCACCUGGCUGCCCCCUGCACCAGUCCCAAGGGAAGUGGCAGAGCAGGGAGCCUUUCUGGGCAGCUGCCCCCUGCCCUCACAGGAGCACACCUUGCCACAAACACCUCAGAAGCCUGGCUGGUGUCCAUGAGGCUUCAAGCAGCCCAGUGCUCAGGAAGCUUCACACAGACCACCCCUGAGCUCCUCCAUCCAAGCGUCCCCUCCCCGGUGGGGAAGAGCGGAAAAAGCCAAGCCUGGAUUUGGCAAAGGUGGCGUGGAGCAUGCCACCCCCAGGCAAGUCUCACCCUGCAGCACUGUGUUGGGAGUGCUCUCAUUCACCCUGUGCAGCUGUAGUUGUGUUGACAUUCUCACCGUGCAGCUUAGAUUGUUACUGCCUGGCUGGAGAAACUCGGAGCAGCUGAGGGAACCCCGCAGGCCAAACCCCAGC